AUGCAGGCGGCAGUGGGGGGCUCCUGCGCGGGCGGGACGCGGGCUAGGACGGGCCACGCGGGGCCGCGGCUGCGGCCUGAGUACGUGCGGGCAGCGGGGCGCCGCGCGGGCGUCGUCGCGGGCGCCAUGAACAAGGAAAACGUCGCAAUUAUGGUGAACAGCUGCACGGGCAAGAUGGGCCUCGCGGCUGCGGAGGCGGUCGUGCGCGCGGGCGUCACGCUGGUGCCGUACACGCUCACGGGCGAGAGCACCGGCAUGGCCGUGUCGGGCACAGCAGUCUCGGGGAUCCCGGUGGAGGUCGUGGGCGCGGAGAAGCGGCAGGAGGCGAUGGACGACAUCAAGCGCGAGUACCCCAACCUCCUGGUCAUCGACUACACGCUGCCGUCUGCCGUCAACGACAACGGGAGCUUCUAUGCCGCGAACAGCGUGCCCUUCGUCAUGGGCACCACGGGCGGCGACAGGGAGCGCCUGUACGAUGACGUGGGGCGCGCGGGGACGUACGCGGUGAUCGCGCCGCAGAUGGGGAAGCAGAUCGUGGCGUUCCAGGCGAUGAUGAAGUACAUGGCGGACAACUUCCCGGGGGCGUUUAGCGGGUACAAGCUGGAAGUGGUGGAGUCGCACCAGAAGACCAAGGCUGACACGAGCGGGACGGCCAAGGCGGUGGUGGAGUACAUGAACGCGCUCGGGCCCAAGUUCGACGUCUCGGAGAUCCAAAAGGUCCGCGACGAGGACGCCCAGCUCGCGAUGGGGGUCCCCAGGGAGCACCUGUCGGGCCACGCCUACCACACGUACCGCCUGACGUCGCCCGACGGCACGGUGGGCUUCGAGUUCCAGCACAACGUGUGCGGGCGCACCGUGUACGCCGAGGGCACGGUCGACGCCGCGCUGUUCCUCGCAGAACAGGUCGGGAAGAACGCAGAACAGAAGGUGUACAGCAUGCUGGAUGUGUUGUCCGCGGGGGCGAUGAGGUGA